AAUGCUGUGCUGAGCGGGCUGCCAUACCUGGGUAUGUGGAUCUUCAGCUUAGUGGUGAGUGUGACGGGGGACACACUACGCCAGAAGGGCAUCCUCUCCACCCAGACUCUCAGGAAGGUCGCCAACACCAUUGGACAUCUAGGACCAGCUGUGUGUUUAGUGUGCCUCAGUUUCGUGGAGUGUGACCGAAGUGCAACCAUCGCUCUGUUCGUCAUAGCACUCACUCUACAAGGCGGCAUCUACACAGGAUAUGUGGUCAACCACAUGGACAUUGCACCCAAUUUUGCUGGUACACUCUACGGCAUCACCAAUACCGCCGCCACAGUUCCAGCCAUCCUCGCCCCCAUGGCUGUAGGGGUACUCACUAACAACCAGCAAACGUUUGGCCAGUGGCGGAAGGUGUUCUAUAUCUCGUCUGUAAUAUACAUAGUAGAUGCUGUCUUCUACAUCCUCUUUGCCUCGGGAACGGAGCAAGCGUGGAACAAGGUGACGGAGACUAGCAAAAAUGCUGUGAAAGACGCCAUCGAAGACUCCGGAUCUCACCCUGCUGUAGGCAAGACUCCCCCAGCCACAGCCUUGAACAAGUGCAACAAUGAGACUCUCACAACAGAAACUUACGACACAUAUGUGGUGGAUACUAGCUUCCAUAACACCUUCCAUAACAAAGCCUUCCAGGAGGACUAACUACAAUACCAGUACCUCUAUACAUUAGUUGAUUGCGCUUUAAAACCAGUUGACUGUGCUUGGGUCAUAAAAGUUAUAUGUAAUCUGUUCAUAACUAAUCAAGAUAGUUUCAUAACAAAAAUAAGGACUCUAGUAAAUAUCGCAGUAUAUGCACGGGAACAUAAACCUCUCAGUGU